AUAGUAUGUAAGUAAGUCACGUUGCAAUUUAUAAACUCAUAAAUUCGUUUAUUUGUAACAUAAAUAUUAUUAAGUUUAUUAUUAAAAAUAAAGCAUAGAUAUUCAAUUUUUAAUUAAAAUAAAAAAUAAUAAAAAAAAUUUAAUGAAAUAUUUAUUUCAUAUUUGUUAAACAAAUUAAAAAAAACUUGUAAAAAUAUUUUUUAGAAUGAAUUGCAUGAUAUUUAGAUAUAUUACUUCGAUAUGUAGAAAUAAUAUUAAUUUUGAUACUUAUAGAAAAAUUAAUACUAUUUUCACAUCAUGUAAUGAUGCAUUAACAACACAUGUAUUUAUGACAAAAUUCAGUUUACAGUUAUAUCAUAAAAAUUCAUUACAUACUACCAAAGUUCGAUUUAAAGAAAUUAAGUCUAAUUUAAAAUUAUUUGAGAAUCAAAAUAAUUAUUCUUCUGUUCAAUUGAAGAAAAGACCUAAAAAAAGAAAAUCUCUUUCUACUUAUGAAGAAAUUAAUACUUCAUAUCGUAUAAAAGCAUUGGCUACUUCAGAAGAAUAUAAUUUAGAAUCUUUAGUGGAAGGUCUCAUUGAACAAAAUUUAUACAUGCCAAGUAGUAUAAAUAUAUCAACAAGUUCUUUACCAGAUGUUAUACAUGCUGUGGCAAAGUAUGAAGUAAACCAUGAACCAAGAGAAAUUUUCUUUUUUCGAGAAGGUACCAUAGUAAUGUGGAAUAUUUCUGAACUUGAAUGUGAAAAUUUAUUAGAAUUCUUAAAAAAAUAUGAACAAAAUCGUUACAUGGAUUAUGAUGUACAAUCUGAGAGUGAAGUGAUGUGUUACAAUUAUGCAGAACAUGGAAAAAGAAAUCAUAUAAAAAAUGGUAACAUUAUUUUAGCUUUAGAUGCAACAAAAUUAGAUAAGUAUACGUUUUCUAAUGCAAUUGCACAAUCAGUCAAAUUAGGCAUAUGGGAAGCAUCUUUAGAUAAUUAUAUAGAUUCUAUAGAAUUUGUUACUGAAGAUUUAAAAGCUGGUAAAAAGUUAAAAAUGACUCAACAUGAAGUAUUAAAAAAACAAGGGGAAUUAUUUGCAUUGCGGCAUUCUAUUAAUUUGAGCUCAGAUUUAUUAGAUAUUCCAGAUUUCUAUUGGGAAAGGGAAGAUUUGGAACAACUUUAUCAGGAAACUUGUUCGUAUUUUAAUAUUGCAAAACGCACAAGAGUAAUAAAUGAAAAAUUAAAUCAUUGUGUGGAGCUUGUAGCAAUUUUAUCUUCACAUUUAAGUGAUCGUCAUCACAUUCGUUUAGAAUGGAUGAUUAUUAUUCUUAUUAUGGUUGAAGUUGUUUUUGAAAUAUUACAUUAUAUUGAUAAGUAUCUUUCAUAAUAUAAUUAUAUAUAAAAUAAUUGAUAAUAAUAAUUAAUAGUAAACAUUGUGUAUUUAAUUGUAAAAAAAUACAUAUAUGUAUAAAAAAAGUCAUAUAUUUAUAAAAAUAGAUAUAUA